AAAAAAAAUAUUUUGAUUACAAAGAAUUGGACUUCCCACAUUAACGGUGGUAUCAUCUAAUUUCAACAUUUUAUUUCAUUUGCUGACGUAUUAUAUAUAUAAAGUUAAAAAAAUAAUAAUUUUUACUUUAGAAAUGGAUCAGAAAAGUGGAUCAAAUUAUUUACAUCCUUUAACAUUGGAGUCUCAACUCUUCCUAAACUCUUUGGAAACAUAUAGCCAAAAGUACAAUCAAAUUGAUGCAAACUUGUGUGAUAUGUUGAAUAAUAUUGUGCUCGGUAUACAAAAGUUUUUGGAUCAAAAUCCAGAGCCAAUUGUGGCUACCGAUAAAACUAAGUUGGUGCAACGCAAUGAUCUUUCAGCAAUCCAGAGUAUUUAUCAUUGUAACAUUUGCAAGAAGGACUUGGGUAAAACGGCUGACAAAGCAGCGUUACAUUUGGCUGAGAGGCAUGAGAGUAAACCCAAUCCGAUCAACAGGGAGAAGAAAAAAGCACAAAAGAAGGCGGCCGAAACAAAGCUGAACAAAUUACCGAAGAAGGGUAGAGCUUUGCUUAUGAGCGACUUUGCAAAAUUUUUCGCCGACCAAUUGCAAGUUGCAGAAAAAAUCAAACAAAUACCAGAAUAUGAAGUCAUAGAAAAUACGUUGCUAACAGCGAUAAAAAAGGCGGUUCCUGACAAAAGUAUCAAAUUGUAUAAAUUUGGUUCACGUAUGACCGGCAUAGGAGCGCGUCACUCGGAUUUGGAUAUCUACGUUGAUAUUGGUGGACAUUUUAAUGUUUACGAGCAAACUCCCAGCGCCGAUACGCUUAGUAUCUAUGAUCGUAUUUAUCAAGUCAUUAAGAAAAGCACUAUCGACUGGGAUCAGAUACGUGCAAUUCGCGCUGCACGUGUACCUAUAAUACGUAUGACUAAUAGAAAGACUAAUAUUGAAUGCGAUGUCGGAAUUUCCAACAGCCUUAGUUAUUGCAAUACUCAAUUAUUGGAAUAUAUCUUUCAACAGCAGCCAUUGGCACGUCGACUUUGCAUUUUUAUGAAAAAGUGGUUGGAGCGUACGCGUUUGAAUGAACAUAUCACAACAUAUUGCAUGUCUUUGAUGGUCUUUUAUUAUCUACAAAUCAAGAAUUGUAUGCCUUCAAUCGAGACGUUGCAGAAGAAUAUGUUAGCCAAUGUUUUGGUUGGACCUUGGAUUGGCAACUUUAAUAACAUACCAUUCAACACUUUGAACAUUGAAGAGAUUAGUGUCAGUCCGUCUAGUUGCAAGCGACACAUUCGAGAUUUUUGUCAAUAUUACGCAACUUUCAAAUACGAAUCGCAUGUGGUCUGCCCUUACUUUGGACGUCCUAAUGUGGAAAUUAAGAAUUUCGAAAACUUGAUGCCAGAACGUUAUACCAAUUUUAUUAAAGAUGACAACUCAGCUAAAAAGGAGUGGGGUUUACAGCUUAAUGCACAAAUGGUCGUACAGGAUCCUCUCCAGUUGAAUCAUAAUGUUGCAAAGCGUUGUAGCAAAGUGCAUCUUAAAGAAUUGAUAGACUAUUUAAAACAAUCUGUCGAAAUUUUAGUUGAUUAAAAUUAGAUAUAUAUUUUGUAAUUAUCAUUUCAUUUCCUUCACAAGAAUUUGUGUUUAUUUUUUUGUUUUUGUACGUUGAAUUAUUGUCUAUUAACCUUACCAUACACUAUCCAUGUAUAAUAAAUAUGAUUUUUGUACGAAUAUAAAUGAAGUGUCAGUUGGAGACACUAGUGAAAUCAGUACAAAUAUUAUGCUUAGAUAUCGAACACAAUAUGUGAUUUAUAACUACAUACAUACAUAUGUACAUUUACCAAAUUACAAAAUACAUGUUUGUAAUAAAACUUGUAAAAGUAAAAAAUAAAGGUGCUGAAAUUUGAAA